UCUAACUACGCAAGGUGAGAAUACAAAGGCUAGUGACAUAAAGUGAAUGUAUCAUAAUAAUUCUAUAAAUAAUGUCAUAUUUUUAAUUGACUCCUGCUCCAAGUGCAAUCGUGACUUUUUUAUUUUUUUUUUUAAGUAUUUCCAUAAUACAAUAAUGCAUGGUGACAAAAAACAUAUUUCUCUAAAAUUAUAUGAGAUUGGUGCUAUAAAAUUUGGCUCAUUUGUUCUUAAGAGUGGAAUAACUUCCCCAUAUUAUAUUGAUUUGCGAUUGCUAAGAUCCUAUCCUUUGUUCUUAAGGACAUUAUCUAAUUAUUUAUUCAAUAAAAUCAGAGCUGACCAUAUAUCAUAUGAUGUAAUAUGUGGAAUUCCUAAUACAGCUCUUCCAAUUGCCACAAGUAUAAGCUUGGACCAAAAUAUACCUACAAUUUUCAAAAGAGAUGUAAUUAAAGAACAUGGUACAAAAACACUUAUUGAAGGUCUAUAUAAGAAAGAUGAUAAAUGUUUAAUUAUUGAAGAUGUUGUAACAAGUGGGAACAGCAUCAUAGAUUCUGUGAAAAUAUUAAGAAAGAAUGGUUUAAUUAUCACAGAUGCAUGUUUUGUUAUUGAUAGAGAAGGAGAUGGAAUCCAAAAUCUAACUAGCAAUGGAAUCAAAGCUCAUUACUUGUUAAAAAUUUCGGAAUUGAUGGAAAUUCUGUUUGAAAACGGCAAGAUAUCUCCCGAUAUUUACCAAACAUUUAUGAAAAUGGAUAACUACUCUGGCAAAACACCUACAAUUCCUACCAAAAGAUUAACUUUUUCGGAAAGAGGUGAAACGUCUAAAAAUGGCGUCACCAAACGGCUCUGUAAGAUAAUCGACGACAAAAAAUCUAACCUCGUUUUUUCGGCCGACAUCUCUGAUCUAGAUCGAUUAUUGAAAAUGGUUGAUUUGGUUGGUCCCCAUGUUUGUUGCGUUAAAACGCAUGUCGAUAUAAUUAAUCGAUUUUCCGUCGACUUUAUAAACAAGCUCAAAGCCCUCGCCUCUCAGCAUAAUUUCCUCAUCAUGGAAGAUAGGAAAUUUGCCGAUAUUGGUAACAUACUAAAGUUACAGUACGAAGGUGGUAUGUACAAAAUAGUCGAAUGGGCUGACAUAGUAACAGUCCAUGGUUUGAUUGGUCACUGGGCUAUCGAAGCAUUGAAAAAAGUCUCGAUUGGUAGAGAAAGAGCGUGCCUUCUAGUGGCUGAGAUGAGUUGCCAAGAUAAUUUUUUAACGAACGAUUACACUAAAAAUGUAUGUAAUCUAGUGGAGGCCUCUGGUGAUUUUGUUAUGGGCUUGGUUUGUCAAAGGAAGCUUUUAGAUAAUCCUUCUUUCCUUCAUUUUACACCCGGUGUCAAACUACCCCAAACAUUAAUCAACGGUCACGAAAAUAUAAAAAAAUAUCAAGAUGAUUUAGGCCAAGCUUAUAAUACUCCAGAUUACGUUAUAUCUCAAGCCAUGAGCGAUAUAAUUAUAGUAGGGCGAGACAUUUACGAGAGUUUAGAUCCAUUAGCGGCGGUCACUAGACUCAAACAGAUAUCGUACAAAGCUUAUACCGACUGAAAUUCUAUUUAAUAUUUUAGAAAAAAGGAUAUUUUUACAAUAAGAAAUAAAUUAAAAAAAUUAUCACAGGAAUUUAA